UGCUUGAUGUUGCUAUGGGCAUGGGUUCUGGAAAUGGCGUCGCUGAGUUCAUUCGCAAGAUCACUUCGAACGUGUUGAUGGAUAUUACGAUGAGUUAUGAAUUUAAAUAGAGGAUUUUACAUUUAAACACGUAAUAAGAAAUCUCUUGAAUUUUCUGAAGUAGUGAUAUGUAAAAGGUGAACUUAUUUUCAUUUAUAAGACGAUUAUUCAACCGGAAGUUGUGCUUCAUUAGAGAACAGAACCCCUCAUUGUUUACACUGAUUUUCCACAAUAAUGGCGAAAGUAACAAUGGCAAUGGAUACUGUGAAAAGUGUGCCCUCAACAGGUACAUGGACAUGGAAAGAUGACACCAAUUCUCUAGAAUUUAUGAGUAAUAAUCCAAAUGCUGACAGACAAGACAAACGGCGAAGAGCAAAGGAAGGAAAUAAAAAAAUGGACAGAGUUGCAUCUAGUGUUGCGAAGCCAGGAAUAAGGGGCCGCAGUCAGAAAGGCAACCAGGCCAAAUCUCCCCAUCCAACUUUAAAGCUGAAAAACAAUCAAUCAACCGUUACACUUGACUAUGUCAAAACUGUGGCACUCAGCAUGCUGUCUGUACAAAACGCUGAUGGGAUUUCUGAAACAUUUGAAGGCAUUCUCAAUACGGAUGAGUUUGACCUGUUCCUGAUGCAUCUACUCAACUAUUUCCACUGUUUUUUUGACAAGUUGCUCCAGGAACACAAAAUCAACACCACUACCUACAUUGAACCUAGUCUGUCUGAGAAGAAGGCAUUUGAGGAAUCACUUGUGAAGAUUGGAUCAACGGAGAAAUUGCUGGGACAGGCCUAUUGUGUGCUGGAGUUGGGUUUGGGGUUGGAGGACCACCACCACAUGGCCUGUGGAAGAUCUAGAGUAUCAUCUACACUCAAGGAUAGGGGUAUGUUUGAGACUCUAUACUCCUUCUGUGCGUAUGCUGUCCACAUAUCCUUCAGGAGAAAGGACUUCACAGUCAUCAAAAAGGAGAUUGGCAGAAUUUUAAGAUCUGACACAUUCAAUCCUGCCAAGCAAGUGAAGAAGUUACCGGAGGGGCGACAAGCUGUGAGUUACCAUAAAAUCGCUGCUGCAUUAAGAGAUGCCAAGAAUAAGAAGUUUAGGAGGUUCAGAAAGCAGUUCAUCAAUAGAGAUGAGAAAGAUGAAAGCAGCGAAAUAAAAGAGGAGCAACCUACAGGGGCCAUAAGUAAGAUGACGCCGGCGGAGUACCGGAGAUUACAGCCGAAAAGACCAGCCAUCAAAACUAUUAUAAAUCAGAGAUCCCCAGCCAUUGUAGCCAUUUUACCGUCCCCUAAAGAGGAGGCCAACUGGUUGUUCAGAAGGAGAGGAGCUUUGUCACCUAAUUCACUGUCUAAAAAGGGACGGGAGCCUGAGACAGAGGAGGCGGAUGAUGGAGACAUGUUUGGAGAUGAUUUCUUUAUAGAAAAGAAAACAUUUAAAAUUGGAAUAAUUGGUGAAGCCCUUAGCUUGUUUAAUGAGAAGACCCUGACUCCCUUAGGGGCUAAUGAUGAGGAGGAGGGUGAAGAGGGAGAGGAAGGAAAGAAACAGGCUGCUCCAGAGGAAGGAACCCGGGACAAGACUCCGCCUCCAGAACAAAGAUUGAGCCGGCAACAGACAGCUAUAUCCACAGGAACAACAGACGCUGCAUUUGUUGAUGAAGAGGAUUGAAGUGUGUUAUCAGAGGAGGGAUGAAUGUCCCAAUAGUUGACAAUUGAAAAUCCAACACUGAGAAGAAAAGUGUCAUAAAUUUACAAUAUUAGAAAAGAGAAGAUUAUUUGUUAAGGAAAAACAUAAAAUUAAAAAUUGUAGUUAUAAGAACAAAAAGAGGAAAUGAAAAAAUACAUGCAGUUGUAGUCACAUAUUCUGAUUAAAUAGAAUUCCUAUGUACUUUAUCAUAGUUUAUGUUAACUCUUCCUUGUAAGUAUGCAGGUCAGUAUACAGGUCACAUGGCCCACUUACUUACAGUUGGACUUAGUACAAGGCAACCAACAUGUUCUGGUUGUAAACAGAAUGCAUAAUAGCAUGCUUGUUAUCAAUUUUAUAUAUCUCCGAAUGUUCAAUUUCUUGACAAAAUGCAAAGAAUUGAUUUCUGAUAAACACAAUGAAUGUAAUUAUCAAACAUCAUUUGAAAAUUUAGGAAUUGUGAUCAAAUUUAGUAUUGAUGAUCAAAGGUUAUUCACUAAACUGGAUCAUGUUGUUACACACUUGCCUGUUUAUGCAUCCGUCCGGGGGGUUAUAUGUUCAGGGUUAAGGGAGCAGUAUAAAGGUGUAUGAAUGUUGUUUAUUUAUAUGUAAUAUAUGCAUCACAUGUAAGAUAUUUUUUAAGUCUACCACCUGUGAUAAAUAAA